CAAUCUCAACACCACUCUUGAUUCCCCCUCUUUGAUCUUCAUGUCAUUGGGCAUGGAAUCUCCGUUGUCUCGCACGAAGGAGCUUAGUUUCCCGUACAUCGUCGCAUAUGUUGUUGAUGUGGGGGUCGUAGCGAAAAAGAGCAGGGUGUUCGACACGACCGUGAUGGUGUUCGACACGACCAAGAGCGCGUUUGACCGUGGCGGACACGGCGACCACCGUGCUCGGCACGACGGCCACCGUGUCCGACCCGACGACCAUCGUGCCGGACACGACGACCAUCGUCGACGAUCGUGUCGAACACGAAGACGGUCGUGCUCGAUACAAUGGUGGUCGUGUUCGACAAUACGACGGCCGUGUUCGACACGACGUCGGUCACGACGACGGCCGUGCACGACAACGAGCCGGACACGACGACGAGCGUGUUCGACACGAACGGCCGUGUUCGACCCGACAACGAUCGUGUUCGACACGACAACCAGAGUGUUCGACACGACAAGGAUCGUGUUCGACACGACGACCAUCAUGUUCAACACGAUGAUGACCGUGUCGGACACGACGACCAUCGUGUUUGACACGACGACCAGCGUGUCGGACACGACAACGAUCGUGUUCAACAUGACGACCAGCGCGUCGGACACGACAACGAUCGUGUUCAACACGACGACUAUUGUGUUCGACACGACAACGACCGUGUCGACCAUCGUGUUCGACACGACGACGACUGCAGUGAAAGUGAACGAGUUGUCUAUGUCCGGGAGGGAUAUGUGUUUAGUUGAAAGAAGGUCAGAUGGGAGACUGGAUAUCGUGGUGGGUGGCCGGGUGGAGGACGUUGUCGCAUGGCGCGAGGUCGAGGCUAAAGUCGUUUCAAUUCGGGAUGCUAUAGGCGUUUCUCUCGUCGAGAACUCCGGGUUCGUGCGAAUGACAUGCAUUUCGGUGUUUGCUGAGACGGCGCGGCAGCUGGCUUUCGGAUCGCCAAUUAGCGUGUUGAAUGGCCGCAACGGCGGGAUUGUUCCCCGUAGUCGUGUCGAGCUCGACGUCGAGCAGGACGACGAGUUGGUCGGUCGUCGGGUUCGACAUGACAGUGACACGACGACACCGCAAUGUCGCUCUCGUGUCGAAUUCGACGAUACUGGAGGACGUCGUGGCACGGCCGUCGAGUUCGACACGACAAUGAAACGACGACGAGCUGGCGGGCUGCGGCCCGCUUCCGUUGCUCUGUGUUCCUGUCUAUUCUUAUUCUCAAGUGCUGUGGUGUUUGCACGUUGGCAAAGCAAUGACUGCUUUCUCGCUUGUGCAUUUUCUUCUGUUGCGACUAGCUGGUCGACAUGGAUCGUGAGGGGAAACCAAGCAAACGACGUACUAGUACUGGUUCCGGGAGCAUGGAACAGUCUCCGAAAACACCGAAGGGGACACCAACGGCUGGUGUGGGGGUCUGGCGACACACCGGGGUCUAAGGGUCACCGAACCCCGGUGUUGGGGGGUGCACCUUCUACGGGCACUCCUUCCGCCAAUGUUCGAGGUUCGGGACCGGAUUCGGCUGUGCUGAUUACUGGUGGGGCUGCGGGUCGAGAAGAGGAGGCUACUAGUCGGCAGGGGAAAUCUACGAUGGACAUUGUGUCCAGGCGUAGAAGGUCUGGUGAGACGUCCGUUGCAGGUGUGGGAAACGAGGUUCUUGUCGUCGACCACAAAGACAGGUGCUGGAUGUUGGACUGGGUGGGUGGAAUCGAGGAACCCUCGGGUGGGCUGGUUUUGUACGUGGUGAUCAAAGAUAACAUUGUUCCGAUAGGCGAUGUGGUGAAGUGGAGUGGAGGAAAUUCACAGUUCUCCAUGUUGGAGUUGAUGAUGUUCCUUAACGCUAGAGGUGAGCGGAUGGCAAAUUUCAAACGCGUUGCUCUUCGUUGGGCCAAACACGCUGAGUACGGCAAGAAGCUUUAUGACAUUUUCAAUCCGCCCGGGACGGAGAAAUUGAUGUUGCCGGACCUUCGAGCGGUUUUCACAUUCUUCGACAAAAAUGUGGUCGCAAGGCAUGAGCCGGUGGUGCAUGCUUCCGACCGCAUAUUUGAACCGAUAAGCGUGUUUUCGUCGUCUUUGGAGGCAGCUCCGUCGUCGAAACCAAUCAUUAUAGGUGCCCGCCCACCGCCAUCGCUUUGGACUACGGUUGUUGCGGAGGCGACUCCGUCGUCGAAACCAAUCAUUAUAGGUGCCUGCCCAACGCCAUCGCUUCGGACUACGGUUGCUGCAACACGAGUUCCGAAAUCUGGGCAGAUCGGGGAGAAAGGUCCGUGUCGCAGGCAAAUCAUGCCGUCCGCCCCUGUGAAGCGUAGACCAACAUCAACCAAGGAACCCGUUUCCUUGGUCCGACCGUCACGCUAUGAGUUGAUCAUUCCUGCUGGGUCGCAUUAUUUUAGAGAUGACGACGAGGAGAACAGCAAGGAAGAUUGGGAGCGCGAUGAAGAACGCGAAGAAUAUGAGGAGGGUGGCGGAGAAGAGGAAGUAGAGAGUGAGCACACAAUCAGCGAGAGGGGUGGGCCGGGCGAAUUGGAGGGUCGUCUAGGGGUUGAGUAUGAGGACGAAGGGCAAGAAGAGGAAACGACCGGCGAGGGAGGGUAUGCAGAUGUGCAUUGGAGUUCCAAACGAACGCAGCUGCUCGCGUCGGGUCAUGGGCAUUGGGAAGCGGAUCCAGGGCGCGGGGAAAUGCACCGUGAAGUUGGGGUCGAGCCGUUGCAUGCCGAUGCAGUCCGACUACCUGAGAAGAAAAGGAAGAACAGGCAAGAGAGAAGAAGUGUUUUGGACAGCAAGAAAACUAAGCAGAAGGGGGGAGCCAAGCAAGAGGAGGGCAAACGCAAGUUGAAAAUGCUGGCAGUUGAGGAGGUCGUCCAACGUACGCGGAAGGCUGAGGAGGCCAUUAAGAAAAAAUGGCAGCUAAGGAAAAAAGCAGCGAAGGGGGGUGUGAUGGAAAAAACUUCCGUUUUUCCACCGGACCAGCCACAGUCGGAUGAAGACACUUUGGGCAAGACAUUCACCAGACCGCCCGGUUUGCAGAUUCUGCCGCCUGGGAAUUCCUCUGGUCAUCUAAGCAAAGGCUUCUCCCUUGAGUUCGACGAGAAUGGUAAACAGAGGCCGGAAAUGCAAUUCAUUUCUGUCAAGUUUGACAGGAUUCUGGAUAUCCCUGAUGAGGAAUUCAGAUAUAAUCAACGCUUCCUCGAUCAGGAGCUUAUUGGUGACCUUUACAAAACAAUGGUUGAGUCAGGUGAGGCAGCUAUCAAAGAGAGAACGACCGGGGCAGUCGGGGUGAAUGUAUGUGCAUUGUACGAGAAGCGUGUCCUUUUGUUGAUUGGGCGAGAAGAGUGACGCCCGGCGAAUUCGAUCUCCAAUC